AUAAUUGGUUAAUUAUUAGUGAUUUGAGAUAAUAAGAGAUAGGAAAAAUAUCUUACACUGAAGAUGGCAGGCCGCCGUAAGUCUAUUGAUCAAGUUGUAGUGAACUUGCCUGACACUACACUACAAUCUAACCCAUCCUUACCCUCGAAUUAUUCCAAUGCCAAUACCAUCAACGUUGAGUUACAAGGUGAUCAGCUAAAGAAACACCCACAAUCAAUUAGCAGUCUUAGAAAAAGAGCCACCCUAAGACGUCAUCUUAGCUUUUCAAAACCCCAAUCCCGAAAUACUGAGUUCAACUACAUCUAUCCCAAAAAAAAGGUCACUAAAGACCACCUUAAAAGUAAUGAGACGGGUUCUGGUACAACUAUUUGGGAAGAAGAGAAAAGUAAAAGUUGUAAUGGUGUUGAUUGUAGUAGUACGGACUCCUCCUUAGACGAGGAGUCUGAGGAGGAGGAUACGAGAAUAGAAGAGGAAGAAAAACUUGAGGGUCAACUAUAUCACAAUAUCAAAAAGAAGAAAAGGAAGAUCCAUUGGAAGAGAGUGGUAGAGUUGUCAAUAUUCUUUGUUAUAUUGACUUGCUCCAUCUUUUCUGUCACUAUGCACACCCUUCGUAACCACCAUGUGAAGGGCCUAUUUCCGUGGUGGUGGUGCUUGUUGGCGAUGGUGGUGUUUAGUGGCCGCCUUUGCGCCGGUUGGCUAGUGAGCUUCUUGGUGUUUUUGAUAGAGAGGAACUUUAUGUUAAGGGAGAAAGUGUUGUACUUUGUGUAUGGGUUAAGGACGAGCAUACAAAGUUGUAUAUGGCUAGCACUUGUGUUAGUAGCAUGGACUUUUAUGUUCGAUGCUAAAGUGCACCAUGAUAAUAGAGUGGUAAAGAGGGUGUCUCAGUUGCUAGUAGCAAUUCUUGUUGCAGCAAUCAUAUGGCUAGUCAAGAUUGUGAUGGUCAAGAGUCUUGCUUCCUCUUUCCAUGUCAGGACUUACUUUGAUCGUAUGAAAGAAAGUGUCUUUCACCACUGUAUACUUGACAGACUUUCAGGUCCACCCUUCAAUGAACUAGUCCAUGAAGAACAUAAACCAAUCUUAGGGUCAACAUCUCUGCCUACAAAAUGGAAGCAUGCUAAGAAUGCAAUUAGAUCAAAGAAAUAUGGAGCGAAUAAUGUGGACAUGGAGAAGCUCCAGGACCUAAGUAAGGAAACUUCGGCUUCGAUUUGGAGUUUGAAGAGGUUGAUGAAGCACAUUAGAUCUUCUGGUUUGUCCCCACUUUCGAAGAAUGUUUAUGAAUUUGGAACAGCUGAAGCUGAGAUUACAAGUGAGUGGCAAGCUAGAAGUACUGCCAAACGCAUCUUCAAGAACGUAGCAAAAUGUGGUGCCAAGUACAUUGAGGAGGACGAUUUAUCAAGGUUCUUGAAGAGGAACGAAAUUCAUGAAAUAUUCCCUCUUUUUGAAGGAGCAUUAGAGACCGGAAAAAUUACCAAGUCCUCCUUUAGAAAUUGGGUGGUACGGACUUAUUUCGAAAGAAAGGCUCUAUCACAUUCUCUGAACGACACUAAAUCAGCAGUGAAACAGCUUCACAAGAUAGCUUCAGCUAUUGUUAGUGUGAUAAUCUUUGUGGUGUUUCUCUUGCUGAUGGGAUUAGCAUCAACGAAAGUAGUCGCGUUUGUCGUCACACAAAUGGUAGUCCUAGGAGUCAUAUUUCACAACAGCUGCAAAAUCAUUUUCGACUGCAUAAUUUUCGUCUUUGUCAUGCACCCUUUUGACAUAGGAGAUCGUUGUAAAGUUGAUGGUGUUCAGAUGAUUGUAGAAGAGAUGAAUAUACUAACAACAGUUUUCCUGAGGUAUGACAUGGAGAAGAUCUACUAUCCAAAUUCAGCUCUUCUAGACAAGCCAAUUAGUAAUUUCUACCGAAGUCCAGACAUGUGGGAUACAAUUCCUAUCACCAUUGAUAUGUCCACUCCUCUUGUAACUAUAAAUGCACUCAAGAAGGCGACACAGAGCUACAUUGAUAGCAAGCCAAAUUAUUGGAAUUCGAAACACAGUUUUGUAGUUACUGACAUUGAAGACCUCAACAAGAUGAAGAUGGGCUUAUCAGUGCAACAUACCAUCAACCACCAAAACAUUAUUGAACGCAAUGUUAGGUUACAUGAUCUUAUUUUGGAUUUGAAGAAAAAUUUUGAGAUACUUGGUAUCAAAUAUCACCUUCUUCCACAAGAGGUUCAUCUUACCCAACUCAACAUUGACAAUCCGUCGCCAACAGUAGAGAUGAACAACUCUAUCUAAAAAUCAAAUACCUGAUGCGUAUCUGAUCCAAAAAGUCGGAUAUCCUAAAUGGUGGGCUGCUUUAGGACAAUAUGAAAACAUCAUGUUUUAUUCUUCAUUGGCCCAUUAGCCCAUCAUUUUUACAAUUUUCGGAUAUUCGACCCGUGUUCAGCCCUAGCAAACACCAUCUUGAUAUCCCAUAUUAUAAAGAUAGUGUUUUGUAAAUUAAUUCCCCUUUUAGGAAUAAUUCUUGACAAAGUGAGUAACACGGAGUACUUGUUGUGAUACUCGGAACUCAAUUGCUCAUGUUAAGAAUGGGUACGUGUCCAAAUAUGGCCACUUGGAUA